GUCUACGAGUAUCACGCAUGCGCGUAGUACACCGAAGGCCUUGAAAAUUUCUGGUGCAGGUUCCAAAUGACAAGAAAUUUCUCUACGGGAAUCUAAAACGCACCACGCCAGUUUUGCUGUCUCUGUCCAGAUAUUUAAGAAGUGGAGCAAGGGAUUCACUCGAUCAUCCUUCCUGCUCAGACUGUGGGGAGGAUUUCACUCUAUCAUCUGACCGACAGGCACGCCUGUCAUUUUAAACAGGUGAUUCAGAUUCAUCUGCUCAGACGGUAUGAAUGGAUUCAGUCGGAUAUUUCAGCUAAAGGGACAUCAGCAAGUUCACACUGGGACAAUGCCAUUCACCUGAUCUCUGUGUGAGAAGGGAUUCAGUAGGUCUUCCCUCCUGUGAACAAACCUGUCAAUUCACACUGGGGAGAGGCCUUUCACCCGCUCAGACUGUGUGAAGGGAUUCACUAAGUCAUCCACCCUAAUGGCUCACCAACGAGUUCACACUGGGGAGAGGCCGUUCACCUGCUCAGACUGUGGGAAAGGCUUCAGCUGCUCAUCUAAACUGAAGGUACAUCAGAGAAUUCACACUGGGGAGCGGCCAUUCACCUGCUCAGACUGUGGGAAGGGAUUCACUCAGUCAUCUGAACUGAAGGUACAUCAGAGAGUUCACACUGGGGAGCGGCCGUUCACCUGCUCAGACUGUGGGAAGGGAUUCACUCAGUCAUCUAAAUUGAAGGUACAUCAGCAAGUGCACACUGGGGAGAGGCCAUUCCUCUGCUCAGACUGUGGGAAGAGAUUCACUCAGUCAGCCCACCUACGAGCACACAGGUCAGUUCACACUGGGGAGAGGCUGUUUACCUGUUCAUACUGUGGGAAGGGAUUCAUUUUGUCGACUCAGCUACUGAGACACCAGUCAGCUCACACUGGGGAGAAGCCAUACACCUGCUCAGUGUGUGGGAAGGGAUUCACUCGGUCAUCCGCCCUAAUGGCUCACCAGCGGGUUCACACCGGUGAGCGGCCGUUCACCUGCUCGGACUGUGGGAAGAGAUUCACUCAGUCAUCUCACCUACAAGCACACAGGUCAGUUCACACGGGGGAGCGGCUAUUUACCUGCCCGUACUGUGGGGAGGGUUUCACUUUGUCAUCUCAGCUACUGAGACACCAGUCAGUACACACUGGGGAGUGGUCGUUCACCUGUUCAGACUGUGGGAAGGGAUUCACUCAGUCAUCUCAACUGAAGGUACAUCAAAGAGUUCACACUGGGGAGCGGCCGUUCAGCUGCUCAGACUGUGGGAAGGGAUUCACUUGCUCAUCUAAACUGAAGGUACAUCAACGAGUUCACACUGGAGAGAGGCCGUUCAUCUGCUCAGACUGUGGGAAGGGAUUCACUCGCUCAUCUGAACUGAAGCUACAUCAGCGAGUUCACACUGGGGAGAGGCCGUUCACAUGCUCAGUCUGUGGGAAGCGAUUCACUCGGUCAUUUCAUCUGAAGGUACACCAGCGAGUUCACACUGGGGAGAGGCCGUUCACCUGCUCAGACUGUGGGAAGGGAUUCUCUUGCUCAUCUCAACUGAAGGUACAUCAGCGAGUUCACACUGGAGAGAGGCUGUUCAGUUGCUCAGACUGUGGGAAGGGAUUCACACAGUCAUCCCACCUACAAGCACACCGGUCGGUACACUCUGGGGAGAAGCCAUUCACCUGCUCAAGCCUGAAUUAUACCUCUGAGUAGGCACUAUCGUGUAGCAUAUGCAGUAGCCCAUGCAUGUUGUCUGCACAGUUGUGAGCAUUUCUACUUGUGUGUUUGUGUGCCUGCGUCGCUCUGCCAAAACGCUAGUUGGUGUUGGGGUGCUAUUCCACUGUGUUGAAUUGACUCGAGUGGAGUUGGGCACGAUGGCAACUGCUGAGUUCAUCUUGUUGGAGUUGGAGCUAAUGGAUGUUGAACAAGAGUUACUUUUAUUGAAAUUACUGCAGCGCAGAAAGAGAGAAGUUUUUCCAUUUCUUUGUGCAGUCCAUGACGUCCAAGCCGGUCUUGUGGAAAUUUCUUUCCACAAAUUUGAUGCCAUUUUCAAGUCUUUAUUGUGUGCCGGUGAAGAGUCGUGCAAAUGUACAUAUUUUCUGACUUCCUCACUUACCCUCUCCUCAAUUUGUUCCAUUUUCCAACUUUGAAACAACAGGAUAUGCGUAGGAGGAAACUGGCUGCUGCCAAGUAGAUCAAUCACAGUUCUUGCUGUCUGUGUCACCACAAUGCAUAGUUACAGUUUUGGGAAUGUGCACGUUAGGCUACAUUAGGCAAAAGACUCUCUUGGAGGCGCUACAUGGAGUCGCUUUCCGGCUUUGCUCUAUUCAUUUUAAAUUUACUUACCACCCCUUUAAUAUCUUUAUCAAAGUGUUUAUAACACUUUUAUAUAUUUGAAUUUGAAUUUUAAUCGACUAAAAUGGCUUACAGAGGAAGAAAGGCAUUAGCUGAAGGCAAGGAAACUGGCAAUGGAAAUGGGAAGAAAGAAGGUGUCUUUGAACAGCCUAAAAAGUUUCAACUUACUUUACAGGCUAUCUCGAUUCUUUUGGAUGAAAAACUUGAUAAAAGAUUUACUACCUUGGAAGUAUGGCUAAAGGAGAGUGAAGGUAGGUUGGCAACAGUUGAAAAGAAGAACAAAAAACAGCAGCGAGAAAUUUAAUCGCUUAUUACAGCUUGAAACAGAGAUCACAAAUUGAAUUCUUUGGAAAAGAAAUUAACUUUGACCACUCAUACAUUGGAGCAGAAUAAAGUCAAGAUUAUUGAUUUGGACAGUCGAAGCCACAGACUGAAUUUGCGAAUAAUAGACACAGUGAGGACAUUGAGAGCUGGGAUCUUACUCAUUUUUUUCUCAAUUCUGAAUGGAGGUCUUUGGCUCAGAGGUUUUUCUUCUCUUCCUGUACUCGACCGCGCACAUCGGGCGCUGAAACCAAAACGAUCGAAAGGGUUAAAACCGCGUCAUGUAAUUCUACGAUGUCACAAUGGGAAUACUAAGGAGCUCUUCAUUCCGAUUGCUCAUCAGAAAGGAGUUACUGAGCAUCAGCAUCUUAAGUUUCAUUUUGUUGAAGAUUUUUUGUCCUGAGGUUAUGCAAGAAAGAUUGCAUUUUAAAAUGGUGAUGUCAGAAUUAUAUCAGAGGAAUCUUUGUCCAGCUUUGUUCUAACCAUUUCACCUAAGGGUUGCUCUGCCCGACAAAUCAUUCAAAUGCUUUAAAUCCGUGAAUGAAGCAAAACAAUUUCUCGAAGAUCUAAGCUUGAACGCAGAUGUCUAAUGUUUUGAAGAUCAAUAUUUGAGCGUGGAUGUCUAUGAAAUUUACGGUUCCUUUAUGUCUGUGUAUCUGGUUUAUUAAUUAACAACCAGCUUAUAGAUUUGGACACUUUAGAACUUUGCCCUUGGGUUGAUUACAGUCGCACUGUGUUUUGACGUACGGACGUUUAUUAUGUUUCCACGUUAACGUUCCUUUAAUUUUUCCUUCAUUGUUUUACUUUUUUUAUUUUUAGUUGUUUGCUUUUGAAAAUCAUUAAGACGUUGAUUUGCUGAUUAUUUCCUUUUUCUUGAAAUAUUAUUAAAAUUGUAUUUUGUGUCAUUUUUAAGACCUUUCCUUUUAAAAUGGUCUGCAAUUGGCUGUUUUUUCUCUAACAUCUGCUUGACAUUCCUCUCGUAAUGUUUUGACAAUGGGUGGUUUGUUUCUUAUUUUUUUUAUUUUGAGAGAUUUGCCCUCAAGGGAGACAAGGGUAGGGAGGUUCUUAGAUAGUUGUUUGGCUGUCUAUUGGCCAGGUUUUUGGUCUUUGUGGUUUGGGGU